AUGGCAACAACUUCACUACUAAAUAACUUAACGAAUGAAAUUGAAUUAUUUAAUCAAUCAGGAACUGAACAGUUAAAUUCUUUAUUACAAGAUUCAAAUGAUUUUUUAAAAGAAUUAAAAGAUAUUGAAUUAGAUUUACAACAAGAAAUUAUACAACAAGAUCAAUUAUCCAAAACUUCAACUUCAAUUAAAAAUGACUCACCAACUACUUCAUUAAAUAAAUCUAAAGCCAAAAUAGCAUUACUACCUCAGAAAUCAGAAAAUUGGUAUAAAUCAUCAAUAAACCGGUUGAAAUCAUAUAACUCCGCUAAUAAUAAAUUCCUGAGGAAUAUUCUAAAUAAUUCAAAAUUUAGUGUUGAUUUAGAUGAAGCUUAUACAUAUCCAUUAAAUAUGGAUAAUUAUCCAGUCAAUGACUUUAACCUUGAUAAAACUUUAAAUGAAGCAACAUUACCUUACCUUACCAAAUCUGUCAUUUCAUCAGAAAUUAAGAGUAAGAAUAUAAAACAAGAAAAUAAAGAAGAAUUAAUGAAAGCAAUAGUAUUACAUUUAUUAAAAAUUGGUCAGAGUUCAGUUGUUCCAUCUAUAUUAAGUCAAAUUCCAACCAAACUUUCGGUAAAUGAAGAUUUAUUAGAAAGAUUUAAAUUAUUAAAUCAAAUAGUUGAUGAUAUAUGUAUAAGACAUGAUUUAUCACAAGCAUUAGGUUGGUUACAUACAAAGUAUAAUGAAAAAAUUCUACAUAAUCAACAAGAAUUUGAAGAAAGUGAUUCAUUUAAUGUUGUUGAAUUCAAAUUUCAUAUAUUACAAUUCAUCAUAUUAUUAAAUGGUAAAAAUCUGGGAUUUUCAUAUGAUGAUGCAGUUGAAGCAUAUUUUUAUUCAAAAGAUCAUUUUACAAAAUUUUUGAAAAAUUAUUUACAUGAAAUAGCUCCAUUAAUGACUUUAAUACUUUUUGAACCUGAUUUUAAUAGUGGUAUUGAAAAUUUUUCUAAACAAAAAAGUAAAGAAAUAGCUAUACAUAAUUUUAUUGAAAAAAUUAAACAAGGUUUUUUGUUAGAAAAUGAUGAAAAAAAUUCAGAUAUUGGUAAACAAAGUCAAAUUGAAUUUGUAUCAGAUUUAUUAAAUUCUUUUAAAAAUGUUCACAAGAAUGAAAAUUUGUUUUUAAAUAUAUCAAAUGAUUUUAUAGCUGAAUACUGUAAAGAUUUAAAAUUAUCAAAAGAUUCAUCAUUGUUUCAAAGUAUACUUGCUGGUCAUUUAUACUUACCAAGUUUUUAUAAAUAUAAUCAAAUUCAAUUAAAGAUGAAACAGUUUAAAACAGAACCAAAAGAACCAAAAACUAAUGAAAAUUAUAUCAUUAAUAAUGUUGCAACAUAUCAUUAUGAAUUACCAUUUCAAUUACCUGAUUCAAAUAGAUUUUUAUUUAAAAAUCAUCCAAUUUUCAUUUGUCCAAUAUCUCGUGAACAGUUAAUCCCAAUCACAAACAACAUAAUUGAAACUAUUGUAGUAGAAGAUGGUAAAAAUGGUACAGUAGUUGGUAAAAAGAAAAAAUUUGUUGUUGAAAAUUUAUUAAAAACUCAAGUUGUUGUAUUAAAUUAUUGUCAACAUUUAGCUUUAAGAGAUAGUAUAUGGCAUUUAUCUAAAAAAGGAAUGGAUGUAUUUAAAUGCCCUUAUUGUUAUAAAAAGCAUAAGUAUAAUGAUGUUACUGAUGCCUUUUUCAUAGAUUUAUAA